GUACGUACUGCGUAGUGUGGUAGGUAGGUACUCACGUAGGCAGGCACUGCAUAGCAGGUACACAUGUACACUACCUUACGCAGUAAGACUGGGAGUCUGGGAGAGGUCGGGGGGUCCCAGCGGGGGCAUGACGGGGCCAGUCUGGGUCGAUUGAAGCUUAUCUAUUGGUUCCAAGGCCCGGUAAUCACCGAUAAGACGAAGGGCGCAGCUGUGCCGCCAGUGUCGUUUUCGCAUCAUCCAGCCGUCGACGGAUCCAUUUCUGUUGCACAAUUGUCCAUGUUUCCAGUCCUCUUUCCCCCCAUUUGCCUCCAUUUGCCCUCCCAUUUGGUCCUAUUCCUUCCACGGUACGUAGGUACUGCGACUCUGCGUCCUGCCCACCUGAGCUGCCCUCGCCCUGAAAGAGGAAUCGCGGCACCGCGCGCUACUGUUGCAGGGGUUGCUAGUCUGGUGAUGCCUCGAGGGGUCCUGUUCCAUCUUCCAGGGUACGGAGUAAGGUACGGAGUAGAAGAAGGACAACUUUCGCCACGCAUCCUUCUUGCUGCCUCCCCGUUGGCCUUAACUUGCUCACUCUCUCUAUUAUACCUAUCACUAUGGGAAUCAAUCACACACAUACCUACGUUCACGUCCGCCCGACAAGAUGGAAGCGAGGACGUCUGGACUUACACACACACAGUGGAGGUCCCGACGGACGGACAUUAUUCAACCGAGGGCCGACUUCAGUCCAGCAAAUCCCAUCUGAUGUUAUCAAUCGAAUUCAUCGCGAGUCUGCAGAUUCUGAGCCCUGGCUCCCCCGGUAUCUCACCACAACAUAACAGCCACCAGUUAGCCAGAACUCGCGCAUACCAAAUUCGCCCAAUCUGUCGCAUGACGUGGGUAUAGCACUUUCUGCGUAACAAUGCGAGUGGCGGGUCAAAACCUCAGUCAUCGGCCAAGUGCCAAGGGCGAGCUCCGACUGCAAUCUUCCAUGGGAAAUGGAUCCUCUCUCCCCGUAACGUCCAAGACACUAACCUGACCCGGCUGUCAAUUCUUCAAACGGCGCGCCCGACCUGCUGGAUAUGAGUCAGGGCCAUCCUCCGCACCUGCCACCGUACUGCGUAGUCAGAUUCUGCUCCAGUGCUCACUCUCUCGGGUGCUUGCUAUGCAGCCGCUUCGUGCCGCACAGC